AUGUUCAGGUUUUUUUUCACCCACGUCCCGUUUGUCUUUAUCCCCAUCUCUGUAGCUUUGAUAUUUAUCGAUCAUUUGCCUGUCAGCAUUUAUUUCAUUCCCCAUAGAUUUAUCAAUCCAAUUCAUAUUGGUAUCACUACAGAAGUUUCAAUUCCUUCGACCUCAUUAUUUCGCUACAUCAUAGGAUCUAUCUAUCUAUCUAUCUAUCUAUCUAUCUAUCUAUCUAUCUAUCUAUCUAUCUAUCUAUCUAUCCCAGUCUCCGUACAUCUAUCUAUCUAUCUAUCUAUCUAUCUAUCUAUCUAUCUAUCUAUCUAUCUAUCUAUCCCAGUCUCCGUACAUCUAUCUAUCUAUCUAUCUAUCUAUCUAUCUAUCUAUCUAUCUAUCUAUCUAUCUAUCUAUCUAUCCCAGUCUCCGUACAUCUAUCUAUCUAUCUAUCUAUCUAUCUAUCUAUCUAUCUAUCUAUCUAUCUAUCUAUCCCAGUCUCCGUACAUCUAUCUAUCUAUCUAUCUAUCUAUCUAUCUAUCUAUCUAUCUAUGUUUAUUCGUGCACUAUUUUCAUAUGUCUAUAUCUACGCCUUUCUGUCCAUAUCUAUCUACGUAUCUAUUCCACAUCUCCGUACAUCUAUCUAUCUAUCUAUCUAUCUAUCUAUCUAUCUAUCUAUCUAUCUAUCUAAACGCGUUACUUCUUCAUCAUUGGCAUAUUUUUAUCAUAAAAAGAAUUUCUGAUACCAGUCAAGCUUUCACAUUCCACUAUCUUUUGUCACCAUCACAGCUCCACCUCGAGGCAAAGGAAGAAACGAAAUGUCAUCGUUUUCCUCCUAACUUACUUUAUACCAACACGAUAUCAAUCCUAACUGCGAACAUUCUUUUCAUUAUUAUUAUUAUUAUUAUUUUCUUCUUCUUCUUCUUCUUAUUAUUAUUAUUAUUAUUAUUAUUAUUAUUAUUAUUAUUAUUUCUUCCCUUUUUUCUUUCCAUUUUUUGCUUUCGUUUCUACGUACAAAUGUUAUCUUUUACUUUCAACAAUAUAAUUUUUUCCAAAUUCUUUCUUCCGUUUUUAUUCAUUUUCUUUCCUCGUAUUUAA